GUCUUGGUGCUUCGAUGGGCUCCCUUACGAUGGCUUCAUCGACAAUUGCCGUCGCCUCAUGCUAAAGUCACAUUCCGUUUUUGCCGUGUGUUUGCUUUUUGCCGUUGUCUGUUGCCUCCCCACCAACACCAGUCUUUUCUCUUGAUUUCCCGCCAUUGUCUCUUUUGAAGCACCCUUGUUCAGUAUUUCUGCUUUCUUGUGAAAAAUAGCAAAGAAAGAGGCCGCCGGAUCCUCAAACAUGGCUCGUUUCGUCGAUCUCGAUGACGAGGACGGCCAGGCGCAGCCAAUGGCUGCUUGGCCGGCGCCGGGCAACCCUCUGGCACUGCCCGAGCACGGAUCGGCCGUGACGAUGGCGGUUGGGCAUGGAGAUUGCGCGCGCAGGUUUCCCAGCAGGAAGAGCACCAUGACGGAAAAGCCGCAGCAGAAUGGAGAGGGGGCGGCGACUCACAGCGCCAUGGAGGAGGCAUUUCAGUGUUAUCCCAUCGUCGUCGGCAUUAUUUCCUACAUUGACCUCAACACCCUCGACUCAUUGGCCCGCGCAAGCCGCUUCAUCCACGAUGGCCUGAUCCAGUACCGAGCGAGCCUCGUGGGCGCAACGCUGCGCUGCUCUCGAGAAGGCGUUGCGAUCGAUCCAGAGCAGACGCUGCGAUACCGCGCCAGGGCGACAGACUGGAGUUACAUGCAAGACGACAACAACUACAACGGCAAGGCGGGCAGCUGCGCUCGCGACAUGGUGGCCGAGUGCAGGAGGUGCGCCGACAUCAUCUGCAGGAACUGUGCUAUAAAGCCUCCUCUUAUUGCUGCUCUGCGCGAGCGACACCGCCGGCUUUGUGUCACUUGCGUCAAAGCUCCCAUUGCCGCGCUGGCCGUGCCGGCAUUGGAUACAUGCCUGCCUCUGGAUUCAGAUGCCGUGCAGCGCGCAAUCUGCCAGUGCGACACAGAGGGCGUCUGGCUAUGUCAGCCUUGCGGGCAUAGCAUUCGCAACGCCGACCACGAUUAUAAAGCCAUCUGGCGCUGGCGUACCAAGUACGGAGGCUUUACAGGCAUUGGCGACGGCGAUCGCGGCGUCAUCUGCGGCCGCGAAGAAGCCUGUCUCGCUGCUCGCGAGCGCGAAAACGAAAUCGACUGCGAUGCCGAAGACGCCCGCGGCAGCACCCUGGCCCCGUGGUCGACCGGGUCCUCGUCCGGCACGCCGAGCCCGGGCCCACAACACGCCGGCACCACACCCCCCGGGGCCCCCGCGGGGUUUCCCUUUCCUGCAAACGGCACCAUCGAGUCCAUCAUUGACGAGAUGCGCCAGCAGCGGACGCCCUCGCCGCAGCUGGGGCCGGGCUACGAGAGACACGAAAUCGAGGGCAUUGGCGGCAUCGUCAAGAGGAAGCUCGUCCGCAUGGUUCGCGUGGGGGCCUGUGUGCCCGAGUGGGAAGACGAAAAGGGCAGCAACAGCAAGAUUCUGGCCCGGGAGGUGAAUGGCGCGGCGCGGAGCUGGUGCGGCUGGUGCUGGAGAGUCAUUCCUGGCGAGAAGGACAAGAGGCAAUGCGCGAAGUGAAUACAUGGGGGGGAGGACAAAAGGUCGAAUGACCUAGACGGCUAAAAUGGGUCUCCUUGAUGGCGUUUCCUUGUUAUUUUCACAUGUCUCUCUCCUCCUUUGACUCUUUCAUACAGGGCAUUUUUCUGGGGGGAGAUUUCAGAGCAUAGUUUCUGGUCGAGUGAUUGACGGAUGCAGAGAAUCACGACUUUUACUAUAUAAUAUUCCUCAACGAUAAUGAUAGUACCUCCUACAAUAGAGACGAAUCUCACUCAAAACAUUUUUU